GUGUGUGUGUGUUGCCUGUCUGUGCGUGCGUGCGUGUGCGCGCGGAGGAAUAACGCCCCUCGUUGCGGAGCAGCGGGUGGAGAAGUGCGUCCCUCAAGUCAUUUCCAACCCGGGAUCUGAAGUGACAACAUCCCAUGUACGGAGUUCACAGACGCGCUUCACUUUCUCUGCUGUGGAUGUACUCAGGGAUGAACUGAACGUGUUUUUUUUAUCUGACGAAGAGGAAGACACUAUAUCGGAUCUAUGAAAAAACCCACGUGGAUUUGUAAAACCAUUUUAAACCAGAAGGAAUGCAUAUAUUCUUUGUGAAACUAACUUUCUUGUUGUCGCUAAUAGCCCUAUCACGAGGUCUAAGAUGCUCCAUGCUCACGGAGUCGUGUUUGAACCAGGGGAAGUGUGAGGCAACCCCAGAAGGAAACGGAGAGUGCAAGUGUCGGGAUGGAUACCUUGGAAGCAGGUGCCAGUUUCGGGACCCAUGCACCAACUCGCCAUGCUUGAACGGCGGCUCGUGUCGGGCUGUGUCCAAAGGAAACACAGUGGAUUUCAACUGUACCUGCAGACUGGGCUUCACUGACCGCCGCUGCACGUUGCCUGUCAACAAUGUGUGCAUCGGCUCACCGUGUCGCAACGGAGGCACCUGUGAGCUUGAAAGUCUCACAACAUACAAGUGCCGCUGCCCACCCGGAUGGUCAGGUAAACUGUGCCAACAAGCCAACCCCUGUGCCUCAAACCCAUGUGCCAACGGUGGCCGGUGCUCUGCCAUUGAUUCCCAGUACAUCUGUACCUGCACGCCUUUCUUCACCGGAAUAACCUGCAAGCAGGAUGUCAACGAGUGUGACGUGAACCCGUCACCGUGCAAGAAUGGCGGCGUGUGCAUCAAUGAUGUUGGCGGCUAUCGAUGCCACUGCCCACAAGAGUACAUAGGAAAGCACUGCGAGAGCCGCUAUCUACCCUGCAACCCAUCGCCAUGCCAUAAUGGAGGCACCUGCAUCCAGAAGGGAGAGACCAGCUAUGAAUGCUCCUGUGUGCCAGGAUUCACAGGAAAAAACUGCAACCACAACAUCAAUGACUGUCCAGGUCAUGAGUGCCAGAACGGAGGGACGUGUGUGGAUGGAGUCAACACCUACAACUGCCAGUGUAAACCUGAAUUCACAGGUCAGCUUUGCACAGAGGAUGUUGACGAGUGUCAGUUGAUGCCGAACGCCUGCCAAAAUGGUGGCACUUGCCACAACAUCUACGGGAGCUACCAGUGUGUGUGUGUAAACGGCUGGACAGGGGAUGACUGCAGUGAGAACAUUGAUGACUGUGCCAGUGCUGCGUGCCACCAAGGAUCCACCUGCCACGAUCGUGUCGCUUCUUUCUACUGCGAAUGCCCAAAAGGACGCACAGGACUACUGUGCCAGCUGGACGACGCCUGCAUCAGCAACCCUUGUCAGAAAGGCUCCAACUGUGACACCAACCCAGUCACUGGAAAUCACUUCUGUACCUGCCCUCCAGGAUACAUUGGAGCUUCCUGUGAUCUGGACGUGGACGAAUGCUCGUUGGGUUCCAACCCCUGUGAGCAUGCAGGAAAGUGUCUAAACACCAAGGGUUCAUUCCAGUGUAAGUGCCAGCGGGGUUUUGUGGGGCCGCGCUGCGAGCUGGACAUCAAUGAGUGCAUGUCAUCUCCGUGUAAGAAUGACGCCACCUGCCUGGACCAGAUCGGAGACUUUCACUGUAUCUGCAUGCCAGGUUACGAGGGGGAGUUCUGCGAGAUCAAUACAGACGAGUGCGCCAACAGCCCCUGCCUGAACGACGGCAUUUGUAUCGACAAGAUCAACGCCUUCCACUGCCAGUGCCCCACAGGCUUCACUGGGAACCUUUGCCAGAGAGACAUCGAUGAGUGUGCCAGCACGCCAUGCAAAAAUGGCGCCAAGUGCACGGACGGACCCAACAAGUACACUUGCGAGUGCACUGAAGGUUACUCUGGAAGGCACUGUGAGACAGACAUCGACGAGUGCUCCUCAGACCCGUGCCACUACGGCACCUGCAUGGACGGCCUGGCCUCCUUCAGCUGCCACUGCCACCCUGGAUACACGGGCCGACUGUGUGAGACCAACAUAAAUGAGUGUCUGAGCCAGCCGUGCAGGAACGGAGGCACCUGCCAGGACCGCGAGAACUCCUACAUCUGCAGCUGCCCCAAAGGAACCACAGGAAUCAACUGUGAAAUCAACAUCGACGACUGCAAAAGCAAUCCUUGUGACUCCGGGACCUGCAUCGACAAGAUCAAUGGCUAUGAGUGUGCCUGUGAACCUGGCUUCACAGGGACCAUGUGUAACAUCAACAUCGACGAGUGUGCUAUCAACCCCUGCCAUAAUGGCGGCACCUGCGUCGACGGCAUCAACAGCUUCAUCUGCAUGUGUCCAGAAGGUUACCAUGACACCACCUGCUUCUCCCAGGUCAACGAAUGCCUCAGCAACCCCUGCAUCCACGGUCACUGUGAGGACAAAAUCAAUGGCUAUAGAUGUUUGUGUGAUUCUGGCUGGAGCGGUAAAAACUGUGACAUCAACAACAAUGAGUGUGAAUCCAACCCCUGCAUGAAUGGAGGCACUUGCAAGGACAUGACCAGCGGAUAUGUUUGCACCUGUUGCAUGGGCUUCACAGGUCCGAACUGUCAGACCAACAUCAACGAAUGUGCCUCCAACCCCUGCCUCAACCAGGGGACCUGCAUCGACGACGUAGCAGGCUACAAGUGUAUCUGCAUCCUGCCUUACACCGGGGAGAACUGUGAGACCUUGAUGGCCCCAUGCGGCUCAAAACCUUGUAAAAAUGGAGGAGUGUGUCAGGAGUCAGAGGACUAUCAGAGCUUCUCCUGCAUCUGUCCUGAAGGAUGGCAAGGCCAAACAUGUGAAGUGGACAUCAAAGAGUGUGUGAAGAAUCCUUGUCGCAACGGAGCGACCUGCGAAAACACUUUAGGCAGUUACCGCUGCGGCUGCAAACCAGGAUACGCUGGACGCAACUGUGAAACCAACGUUGAUGACUGCAAACCCAACCCCUGCAGCAACGGAGGCCUCUGUCAGGACGAGGUGAACGGCUUCCUGUGCACCUGCCUGCCUGGGUUCCGGGGCACAAUGUGCCAAGAGGACAUCAACGAGUGUGAGAGCAACCCAUGUAAGAACGGAGCCAACUGCACCGACUGUGUCAACAGCUACACCUGCACCUGCCCGGCUGGCUUCAGUGGGAUCCACUGUGAAAAUAACACUCCAGACUGCACAGAGAGCUCCUGCUUCAACGGAGGAACCUGUGUGGACGGCAUCAAUGCCUUCACAUGUUUGUGCCCGCCGGGCUUCACCGGGAGCUACUGCCAGCAUGACAUCAACGAGUGUGACUCCAAACCGUGUCUGAACGGCGGCACCUGUCACGACAGCUACGGCACAUACAAGUGCACCUGCCCGCAUGGGUACACGGGACUCAACUGUCAGAACUUGGUCCGUUGGUGUGACUCAUCACCUUGUAAGAACAGAGGAAAAUGCUGGCAGAAGGAAACCACGUACAGCUGCCAGUGUGAGACAGGCUGGACGGGACUUUACUGUGAUGUUCCAAGCGUUUCCUGUGAGGUGGCAGCCAAACAGAGAGGAGUUGAUGUUACACAUCUGUGUAGGAACUCUGGUCAGUGUCUGGAUGCAGGAAACGUUCACUACUGCCACUGCCAGAUUGGAUAUACAGGAAGUUACUGUGAGGAGCAGGUGGACGAAUGCACCCCAAACCCCUGCCAGAAUGGAGCCACCUGUACCGACUUUUUGGGUGGAUACUCCUGCAAGUGCAUGCCAGGAUACGUGGGGACCAACUGCUCCGACGAGAUCAAUGAAUGCUUCUCCCAGCCAUGCCAGAACGGGGGCACCUGCAUUGACCUGAUCAAUACCUACAAAUGCUCUUGUCCCCGGGGAACCCAAGGUGUGCACUGUGAAAUCAACAUGGACGACUGCACCCCAUUCACCGAUCCCAUCACCAACGAGCCGAAGUGUUUCAACAAAGGGAAGUGUGUUGAUCGGGUGGGAGGCUACCACUGUAUCUGCCCUGCGGGGUACGUGGGGGAGCGCUGCGAGGGAGACGUCAACGAGUGUCUGUCCAACCCGUGUGACCCGCGCGGCACCCACAGCUGCAUCCAGCUCACCAACAACUACCGCUGCGAGUGUCGCACCGGGUACACAGGUCAGCGCUGUGACACAGUGUUUGAUGGAUGUAAGGGGAAACCAUGCCGUAAUGGAGGAACCUGCGCUGUCGCCAGUAACACCCCACAUGGCUUUAUUUGCAAAUGUCCUCCUGGCUUCACUGGCUCCACAUGCGAAUAUGACUCCCAGGCCUGUGGCACCUUCCACUGUCGCAAUGGAGGCACCUGCAUUUCUGGCCACAAGAACCCCAUGUGUCUGUGCACCCCGUCCUUCACUGGACCGGAGUGCCAGUACCCCACAGACAGCCCCUGCAACUCCAACCCCUGCUACAAUGGCGGCACGUGUGAAUACACCUCCGAGGCUCCGUUCUACCACUGCGUCUGCCCCACCAGCUUCAACGGCCUACUCUGCCACAUCCUUGAUCCCGGCUUCCAGGGAGGGUUUGGCCACAACGUCACGCCGCCCCCGGAGCUGGAAGUGUCCUGCGACAUCCCACAGUGCGAAGAAGCCAAGCACAACAAGAUCUGCGACGUGCUCUGUAACAACCACGCGUGCGGCUGGGACAACGGCGACUGCUCGCUCAACUUCAACGGCCCGUGGAAGAACUGCUCGGACUCGCUGCAGUGCUGGAGAUACUUCAACGAUGGGAAGUGUGAUUCACAGUGCGACAAUGCUGGGUGUCUCUACGAUGGCUUUGACUGCCAGAAUCUGGAAGGACAGUGCAAUCCUCUGUAUGAUCAGUACUGCAAGGAUCACUAUAGAGACGGCCACUGUGACCAGGGCUGCAACAAUGCAGAGUGCGAGUGGGACGGCCUUGACUGUGCCAAUAACAUGCCCGAGAAGCUCGCCCUGGGCCAGUUAGUCGUGGUGGUCCACAUCACCCCCGAGCAGCUCCUCAACAACUCCUUUGGCUUCCUGCGAGAGCUCAGCCGUGUCCUCCGCACCAACGUGAUCUUCAGGAGGGACACUAAGGGCGAGAUGAUGGUUUACCCAUACUAUGGGAACCAGCAUGAGCUGAAGAAGUAUGUCGUGAAGCGCUCAGUGGAUAUGUGGUCAGAGGUUCCUGCAAAGGUGCUGAAUGUGGUGAAGAGGAGCCUGUAUGAUGUCACUGAAAGAAACCGGAGGAGGAGGAGAGAGCUGGAUCACCUGCAGAUCAAAGGUUCAGUCGUUCACUUGGAGGUGGACAACCGUCAGUGCUUCCAGCAAUCCACUGAGUGUUUCCAGAGCACCAAUGAUGCUGCAGCCUUCCUCGGGGCUUUGGCCUCGAGUGGGAAACUGGACGUUCCCUACACCAUUGAAGCAGUCUUUAGCGGUGUGGACCCCCCGCCUUCACAGGACCUUUACCCAAUCUACCUGGUUUUGGCUGGCGUAGGCAUACUGGCCUUCCUCGGAGUCGGGAUGGUGGCUACCCGCAAGCGCCGCCACGGGCACGGGCGCCUCUGGCUCCCCGAAGGCUUCAAGACCACAGAGACCAGCAAAAAGAAGAGACGUGAGCCUGUCGGGGAGGAUUCGGUGGGAUUAAAGCCACUGAAAAACAGCUCCGACAUUUCUCUUAUGGAUGACGCUCAGAAUGAUUGGGAGGAAGACGAAUCUUCAGACGCCAAACGCUUCAGGUUUGACGAGCAGGCUAUCCUGGAGGUGGACGGCCAGACGGACCACCGGCAGUGGACGCAGCAGCACCUGGACGCUGCCGAUCUGCGCAUCCCCUCCAUUGCUCCCACACCCCCUCAGGGCGAGAUUGAGAACGACUGCAUGGAUGUCAACGUCCGGGGACCAGAUGGAUUCACUCCACUCAUGAUCGCAUCCUGCAGUGGGGGAGGUUUGGAGACGGGCAACAGCGAGGAAGAGGAGGACGCUUCUGCCAAUGUGAUCAAUGACUUCAUUUACCAGGGCGCUAACCUUCACAACCAGACCGACCGCACGGGUGAAACUGCUCUGCACCUGGCUGCCCGCUACGCGCGUUCUGACGCCGCCAAACGCCUGCUGGAGGCCAGUGCGGAUGCUAACAUCCAGGAUAACAUGGGCAGAACGCCUCUGCACGCUGCUGUGGCUGCUGACGCGCAGGGAGUGUUCCAGAUUCUGAUAAGGAACCGAGCCACAGACUUGGAUGCCCGCAUGCAUGAUGGAACUACACCCUUGAUCUUGGCUGCCAGGCUGGCAGUGGAGGGCAUGGUGGAGGAGCUCAUUAACUGUCACGCUGACGUCAAUGCAAUCGAUGAUUUUGGUAAAUCCGCUCUUCACUGGGCUGCAGCUGUCAAUAAUGUGGAGGCUGCUAUUGUUCUUCUUAAGAACAAUGCCAACAAGGACAUGCAAAACAACAAGGAGGAAACCCCUCUGUUCCUGGCUGGCAGGGAAGGAAGCUACGAGACUGCAAAGGUCUUACUGGACCACUUUGCCAACAGGGAGAUUACCGACCACAUGGACCGGCUUCCCAGAGACAUUGCACAGGAGAGGAUGCAUCACGAUAUUGUGCGGCUGAUGGACGAAUACAAUCUGGUUCGAAGUCCUCACAUGCACGGAGGGUCUCUCGGCACCACCCUGUCCCCUCCUCUCUGCUCGCCUAAUGGUUACCUGACCAGCAUGAAGCAGCCGCAGCUUCAAGGUCAAGGUCAGGGCAAAAAAGCCCGCAAGCCUAGCGCCAAGGGGAUCGGCUGCAAGGACGGCAAAGACAUGAAGGUGAAGAAGAAGAAUUCACAGGAUGGGAAGUCUGGGAACCUGCUGGACAGCUCAGCUGUUCUGUCACCAGUUGACUCACUGGAGUCUCCACAUGGAUAUGUCUCUGAUGUGGCCUCCCCGCCCAUGAUGACGUCACCUUUCCAGCAGUCGCCUUCUGUAGCCCUGAACCGCCUGCAGGGGAUGUCGGACCCCCACCUCUCUGUGAGCCACAUGGUGAUGCCAAACAAGCAGGAGCUGGCACGGAUGCAGUUUGACCCGCUGCCUCCUCGUCUCACACAUCUACCUGUGUCCAGCUCCAGCAGCCAGGGCACCAUAAACGGCCAGUGUGAUUGGCUUUCAAGAAUGCACGGCAACAUGAGCCAACCGGGCCAGUUCAAUCCCAUAAGAGGAGCCCCUGGAGGUCAGGGAGGUCUGCACCAAGGAGGGCAGCAUGCCAUGAUGGCCUCCCUCCAUAACGGCCACCCCUCUACUAGCUUGUCUCAGAUGAUGAACUACCAGGGGAUCCAGAGCAGCAGACUGCCUCCACAGACGCACAUCAUGCAGCAGCAGCAGGCCCAGCAAAUGCAGCAAAUCCAGAACCUGCAGCAGCUCCAACAGCAGCAAAACAUCCAGCUGCAGCACCAAAGCUCCAACAGCACCAGUAGCCAGAACUUCAUCAGCGGGGAGCUUGGUUCCCCAGAGCUCCAGCAGGGCGGUGGCGGCUCCAGCAUGCCCAUACACACCAUCCUGCCACAGGAGACGCAAAUCAUGCCCUCUUCUAUCAACCAAUCAAUGCCCAGCACUCAGUUCCUCACCCCGCCCUCCCAGCACAGCUACUCUGGCCCCAUGGACAACACCCCCAACCACCAGGUUCAGGUGCCCGACCACCCCUUUCUGACCCCCUCCCCAGGCUCCCCCGAUCAGUGGUCAAGUUCCUCUCCUCAUUCCAACAUGUCCGACUGGUCAGAGGGCAUCUCGAGUCCACCGACAAGCAUGCAGUCUCAGAUCGGACACAUACCUGAACAGUUCAAAUAAACGCUUGUAUCUUUACGCCCAGAUGAGCUGCUGUAUAUUUUUUUAUUAAAAAGGCACUCUGUAAAAAAACAGAAAAAGAGCAAAGCUGUAAACACGACUUUUUUAUACGCUUUUAUACUAACAGCUGUGUUUCAUCCAUUCUUUUUAUUUAUUAAUGCCUUAUUUAUACGCAUUGCCUGCUUACAGAAAUUCGGGGAUCCAUGGUGCUGGGUCACACGCAGGACAGAGGAAGUCCUUAGAGAGACUCUUUUCCUUUCUUGUAGUUUUUCUUUUCUGCAGUGAAGCCUCAGCAAACACACUGGGUAUUUAUUUCCUUAAGGACUUUUAGUGUUUUCUUUUAUUUCAUAUGAUUUCUCAAUCUUUGUUUAUAUUUUGUUACUUUUUUUGUAUAAUCACGUUUAUAAAAACUUGUGAUUAUGGGGCAUUGUAUUGAGCAAAUUUUCUGUCUCAGUGUUAUUCCAAUUUGUUGUAACUAAUGGAAAUUUUCCAGCCAGUUAAUGAAACACAUUUGUGAAUGUUAACAGAACAGACGUGCUGUGUUUCAUGAACAUGCAGGAGCCACUAUGUCCCCUUCUUGAAUAUCUUGUGAUUCUUAGUUUCACUCAUCAGAGUUGUGUACAUUGCUUGAAUCAAUGGGACAACAUUGUGUUGUGCCUCUAGGUCUGAUUGCCUUCAUACGUAGACAUGUGGUGGAGAUGUUGUACAGUAUAUGGCCAUCUUGGAGAUUGGCAGUAAAUGCAGGCUGGAGUGAUCUGUUAGUCCUGUGUCGUUGGAGAACCGGCCUGUCGGCCAAAGUGUUUGUUGUUCAGAGGGAAAAGGAAAACUGCAUUUCCCCUCUCCCUCCUAUUAGUUCAAGCCUAUGGCUGUAUUCUUUCUUUUGUAAAUAUGUCAUGCAUUUCCCUUGUAAGAAAGAUUUUGUUUAAGAAAUCUGAUGUCUGAAGCAUGCAACUUUGAUAGGUCUCGCACCAGUCAACAGCCUCAAAAAUGUCACAGAACAGAAUAUAUAUUUUGUAUUUUACUGUCCCUAAUGCAUAAAUAAAUUUGAAAUAUAUACAAAUAGAUACAAUAUAUUGAUGGAGAUGGUUUUCUCAUAAAAAGAGAAAAUACAUAAAUAUUGAAGUUUUAUAAAUUUCCUAUUUAUUUACUGUUUGGUAUCACUUCAAAAUUCACUGAGGCAACCAUUUGUGCAUAUUAUAAAAUGUUUUGUUGAACUUUGGUAUAAUAGAAAAAAGAGUCGGCUAACUUCUAAGUUGUGUCCGCUUGAAUGUUCUGUGAGACUCACCCUGGUAUAGUUUGCAAAAUGUCAUACUUUAAAAAAUGAUUAGGUCGUAGUGAAAUUGUAAUACCUGCAAUAUGCUUCCUUCCUCUUAUAAAGUUAUACUUUGCAAGAAAUGUAUUUCCCUUUCUCAUUUUCAAUCUGUAAAAUGUUUCUUGUUAUAAUAAAGGGCACUUAUGUGUCUUAAACUUA